UUUUUUUUUGUUACUUUUUUUUUUUUUGAGUUAGUGCUAUAUGCGAUUGUGGGUGUCAUAUGGCAAGAGUUUUACGGUGGUUCGUAUACAAUGGAUGGGCGAAGGCAAUGGAUAAGAAAAUGUAUGUCCCGGCAGAUGUUGUCAUGGACAAAGGGUCCGCAGUAAUGCCGCGUUCCCUUCUAUAACUUACUAGAGUGGGUCAGGAAUAAUCUGUCACUAGGCAACUCUUUCUUCGUUUGACACUUGCCAUCACCAUGGGAACGCGUGUUGGAUACGAUGAAUUGCGCAACUACAUUGAAAAUAACAAGAACCCCUCAAUGAUCGGUUUUGUCACCAAGAAUGCUGACCAGCUUGCAUAUCUUUCUACAUCGACAUCAAACACAACGCCCCAGGGAUAUUUUAAUCAUUGGAAGAACCAGUUUGUCAUGGCAGUGUGUGAAUUUCGACCUGACCUGAAUAUAAGGUGUUUAUCUUUAGACAUUGGACGGUAUAUAUUUUUUAAAAGCUAAUACUUUGUUAUUGUUAUUAUUAUUUUUUGUUUGCUGUAUCUAUAAAGCCAU